AGCAUGCAAUGGGACAGGCAUGUCAGGUUUACGAAGGGAAAAAAACUAUGGCUAGUUUCGAAACUACAAACCCACCAAGGCUCCAAAAACUAGCCCAAAUCUGUUCGUUGGGGGGUUUGUACUUUGGAAACCCAUCUGGGCUUUAAAUUAGUAGUUUGGCUGAAAAAUCGCCAACCGGGCACCCCUGAAUGAGAGGUACCGCUACAGCCACAACGUGAGGUAACACAUGCAAGUGCAGGAGGGCCGCACCCAGUGGGCUGGAAACUCUCACUAAAUUCCCACAGCGUUUACCCCACACCAAAUACAGUGUUGCUAUGGAAACCAAGCAAGCGGCUCACUAUGAGGGUUAUGCGACACGUGAUGGAAGCGACCUUAUAAGCAGUCACAAGAACAUCCACGGCAAUGUCCCGGCGCCCCCCGCCCCGGCGAGUACAAGAUGGAGGAACCCAGCACAGCCGCCAUACAGAGCACAAGGGGCUUUCCGCGGGGGGCACACUCAGAGGGCAGGGGGGUUCAUUGGACCAGCACAGGAGCAGCCUAAUCAAGGCUGGAAGAACAAAUACUCUCUGGUGAAUCGGACUGUACUGGCGAGUACCGGCACCGCAGACGCUGGGAAUAAAGGGGGCCGCGCUGCAACCACCGCACUUUCACCCGUUUGUCUUACUGCAACUGUUGCACAGAAGUCUCAGGCAGCUCUUAGUGUCCCAGCGACGGAACAAUCCAAACUUACCAGCAAAGGAAGUACAAACUCUCUCCCUAAACCCAAAGCUCAGACUGCACCGAGCAAACAGACAAGUGCCAAGCACCUAGCCCCGACUGCCACCCCGGCACAAUCUGCACAACGGGUGGGGGCACCCACUGCCGGGGGGUCCUCUGUAGCCGGGAAACAUCAGAAACGGCCGCCUUCACAGACAAUCUGCAUUUCAUCUCAGGAAUCUGUGCGGUUACACUCCCAGGCCGCUGUCCCUAAACCAGCCAAUCCUGUACCUCGCACUGCCAGUUCCGACUCUCGAGGUGCCACCCCUUCUAAUUACAUUUACAGCCCCCCCAAACCUGCGGCAUCGCCUCCGGCACCUGCUAAAAUCCCCAAGGUUCGGAAGACUAAAUACACCUGGGUGGCAAACUCUGCCAAAACCAGUCUCGCGGGCAAAAAACUGUCCCCCGGAGGCAAAAAGCUGAACGAAGAGAACGACAAGGGCCAAUCUCCGGCCGCAUCAAUGGCGGCCCCCAAAAAGAAGGUGGGUGUGGCCCCAAAGUCUGGCACUGUGAGAAACAGGUAUAAGUGGAAAGCAGAGAGCCCAGGUCCGACCGCCAAGGUCCACUCAGCGAAAAAGACUCAGGAACCCCCAGUGCAAACAACUCCUAAAGCCUCCCCCCAUUUAUUAUUCAAGGGCCAAGGACCCCCGACUGCCCCCAAACUGCCUCUCCGAGACUCCGCCCAUUCUCACUACAAAGUUAAAAGUCGGACCAAAAUUAUCAGGCGAAGAAGCUCUUCAAGUUCCCCAACUGAUAAAAAGGCUUCGCCGUUGGCCCCGGUGUCUGUGAGGAGCCGUUACUGCCUGCGCAGGAGGAGUUCCCCGCGGGUAAAGUCCCCCGUGGUGCAGAGGAGGAGCUCCCCCCGGGGGCUGAUACACAUCACCAAACACAAACUGCGCCGACUCCCACCCUCCAAGCAACACGAUCCGACCAAAGCAGGGCCCCCCACCACUGCCAUGAGGAGCCCACCUUCAAGCCGUGUAAUAAAGACUCGAUACAGGAUUGUGAAGAAAAAUGUUUCUGCUCUGCAUCCGGCGUCUCCAUUCUCCCCAUUCAGCCCUUCUCUGUCCUGGAGGAGUCGGGUCCUGUUGGUUCACCAGAUCCGCCAGCUGUCCCAGAGCUCACGCUUCCCCCACCCCCAGCAGCGAUGGAAGAGCCGGGGGAUUCGCUGUAUCGGGGGGGUCAUGUACCGGGUGUCGGCCAACAAGCUUUCCAAAACCUCAAGCCCCGGUCCUGUCUCCAAACUGAGCCCCAGAGCAGGAAGCCUGGAUUUGAGCAGCACGAGCCCCGGAUCCUUAUACCCCAGCCGGACAACAACUCCCAGUCGGUACAUCGCAAGCCGUGCCGUCCAGCGCAGUCUGGCCAUCAUCCGCCAGGCCAAGCACAAGAAGGAGAAGAAGGAAUACUGCAUGUACUAUAACCGCUUCGGCAAGUGCAACCGCGGCCAGAACUGCCCGUUCAUCCACGACCCCGAGAAGGUCGCCGUAUGCACCAGGUUUCUCCGCGGGACCUGUAAGAAGACGGACGGGACUUGCCCUUUUUCUCAUAAAGUUUCCAAAGAUAAGAUGCCAGUGUGCUCCUACUUCCUGAAAGGAAUCUGCCACAAUAACGACUGCCCUUACAGCCACGUCUAUGUCUCCCGAAAGGCCGAAAUCUGCAAGGACUUCCUCAAGGGCUACUGCCCCCUGGGGGCCAAGUGCAAGAAGAAGCACACCCUGCAGUGCCCGGAUUACGCCAGGGAUGGGAAGUGCCCAAACGGUGCCAAGUGCAAACUGCAGCAUCGCCAAAGGAAGAAACGGCCAGAGAAUGUGGCCCAGAGCGAGUGGCCCCGGCCCGGCGGCAGGCAGGGGCAGUCUGCAGGGGCAAGUGCUAUUGGUUCCACCGACACUGCGUCUGAUGAAGACUUGGGCAGAAGCAGAAUGCAGACCCUCCCCGCCUUCAUCUCCCUGAACUGCUCCCUGACUCCCACCGGCGACACCUCACAGGGACCUGCCAAGGGGGCAACAACUGACGACUCGGGCAAACGGCUGCAGAUCAAACCUCGACUGUGAACCGGACUGUCUGCCCGUGGCACCCUGGCCUCCUCCAAUCAGAGGGUGAGAUCUACCUGUGUGCCAAACUCUCAGGAAAUCAGGAGUCACCACAGAAGGCACACGUCAUGGAUGUGCUGUGGGCACGGAACAUGCUUUGUCCAUGUUGGGUUUAGUAUGGUCUCCGCCAGAUAAAGCAGUUCAUCACAUGGUCUCUGCCAGAUAAAGCAGUUCAUCACAUGGUCUCUGCCAGAUAAAGCAGUUCAUCACAUGGUCUCUGCCAGAUAAAGCAGUUCAUCACAUGGUCUCUGCCAGAUAAAGCAGUUCAUCACAUGGUCUCCGCCAGAUAAAGCAGUUCAUCACAUGGUCUCUGCCAGAUAAAGCAGUUCAUCACAUGGUCUCCGCCAAGCAGGGCAGUUUGCCUGGCAGAUGCCUAUUUAAUAAUUCAUAUUAAUUUAAUUUAUGGUUUCUGUGUAUAAUGAGCUUUUGCUGUUUAUGAGUUUUGUGCCCAAUAGUUAGGGGUUUGCCCCCCAGGGUGCAUUUUAUUUGCUUGAACCCUUUUGUUUGGGGGGUGUUAAAGUUUGGGCAAGGGAUAGGGUGCUAGUCUGGCAGGGACACACCGGGGGGACAAUGGGCACAGAUUCUACCUUAUGACUGGCCACUUACCCCCCAGCUGUGACUCUUAAAGACCCCAUUACAUUAGUGCCCCCUAGAGUUUGGCCCUAUAGAAAGAGCAGGGCCCAUACUCAGAUCUAUGCAACUGAUGCCCCCCCCCCUUUAAAGAGCAAGUAAAGGCCCCGCUUAAUGCUCAUUAAUUAUACCCCCACCCCCCAAUUCUGCCUUCAUUUAGCCAUUGUGGUGCCGGGGGGUCACUGGUAUCCAAGGCAAAGGGAGGGGCCACAUCAGACACACCCAGGAGGUAAGUUGAACAGGGGGCAAAGGACAUGGCACUUUAUGGGUGAAACAUAUUGGGUGCCCCUAGCAAUGCCCAUCUCAUCAUUUGCAUUUACACCUUCAGGUUGGUACCGGGCCCCAUUGGGGUAAGAGCCAAGGGCCCCAUCGUAGAAAAGUAUAUAAGGAGUUUUUAUUUGCCCCAGUUUGUGAUUCUUUUAAUCCCCAAUAAAAUACAAUGUUCCCAAAGUGAUUUUAACAAAUA